UGCGUUCGUGUAGAAGGGGCGUCAGCAAAGUAAAUUUUCAGCUGUUGGAUUACAAAAUAUUUAGAUAAAUUUGACCGGAAUUGAGUGUGUUCAAUGCAAUUUUUGUACCGUACGAUUGUGUCUUAACGAAAAUAAAAUGGAAAAUCCAUUUAAAUCAAUCGAAAAGUGCUUGAUUGGCUAAUUUAAAACGGGUUUUUGUUUCUUGGUAAGAAAAGCUGACGUAUCGUACAGUGACAGAUUUGGCCCCAUUUUAGGAUUUUGCAUGGAUUGUGAGCUAGUGGUAGUGAAACAGUCUGCACCCAACGAUCAGCUGUGAGCUGUUGCAGUCGUAGCACACAUUCAUCCUGGCAUUAUUUGGAAAAAUCUAAACAAAACGUAGCAUUCCCUCUGAUUUGCACUAUACACCUUUCGAGGUCAUUGUAAGGUGCUAAAAUGGCUGAUAAGAACCUUGCGAAGCGAUUAUCGGUCUCUUCAUCGGCAAAGAACCGAAUGAGUUUGCCAUCUGGCAGUGGUGGGUUGGGCGGUGCUUCGGGAGCAUCAUCUUUGCCUUCAGGAUCGAAGUUACCUAUGCCGAAAACGCCCGCAUCAAUUGGAGUCCCAUCGCCAGGAUCACCAUCUGAAGUGCCCCUAGUUCCUUACAUAAAGUCUGCCGACAACGGAAAAGUUCUUCCUAAGUACACUGCGGCAUUGUCCAGUAAUACAGAGGACUUGGUGCCUGCGGAGGAUUUGGACAUGGUACAGCUUGAACUGGAACUGCUUCUGUCUACGGUUGCUCUGCGUUAUCGUGUGUUGAAAAGUGAAAUCGAAUCUAUCGACAAGGCAGACGAACGUCGCGAACGGAAGGGUAAAUUUAUUGAUAAGGCACCCUCAUCGCCGGGUAAAAAGAAACGAUUGGACGAAAAACAAAAACUACGCGAAAGUGCUGGGAAACUAUUUGGUCAUCAUAUGAGACUGUCGAAGAUAAAGAACAUGUCAUCGUUGAUUCCUCCGUCCCCAGCUCCAUCGCAAAAUACGGACGACAGUAUGGAUGCCGUUCCGUUUUUGCCAGCCAAUCAUCACAUACAGCAUAUUAUUUCCGAUAAUGCAAAGAUGCUGCUCCCGAAAAAUGAUACUCCGAAUAAGUUUUGGAUGUCGGUGGAACCGUACUGUAUGUCUAUAACACAUGAGGAUUUAAAAUUGUUAGACGAUUUGCUCGAAGAAUAUUCGGGACCAUUGAUUCCCCCUAUUCCUGAGCUGGGCCCCCACUAUAGCACCCAAUGGGCGGCAGAUGAUAUAAAGGAAGAACAGGAUAAUUCUAAGAAAAGUAAAGGACUCACAAAUGGCGAUGUUGGCAAAAAGGAGAAAACAAUUGGCGAAGGAAUCACUGGUCCGUUAACUCAACGCUUGGUGUCCGCUCUAAUGGAGGAAAAUCUUCUGCCCGAUUGUAACAGCACUAGUAACGAAAAUAGUAAUAGUAGCUCAGACGUAGGUCACAGUAACUCUCGAAGUGCGGUUUCGUUGCUUAAAAACGGCAUCAGCAUCGAACGUCGGCUGCGCAAGGAACUGAUUGAGCAGGGUAUCUUGGAUGAUGAUGAUAUGCCCAAAAGUCAGCAAGACGAUGAAAUACUUUCGGAAAUCAAUCGCGUUCGCACGGAAAUUGCUGUUAUCGCGGACUAUAAUUCGAAUGAGAUCCGGAAGUUGCAAUCGAUGGCCAAAGAUGAAAUGAAGAGAAUCGAAGUUAAGAGGAAAUUGGAUCGUGUCGAUCAAGAGAUUAUGGAAUGCUAUAAGAAGAUUACGGCUGCUAGACUGAAACGUCGUCCCCUGACCAAGCAGGAGCGAGACGAAGCAUAUCGUCUUACGGAAGAGCAAAAGCGUUUGUCAGAUCAGCUUGAACUUAUGCCAGUACAUGGACCUUUUGUAAGCAAUUAAAUUUGCAGCAUUUAUCUCGAAGCAUAUGAUGAACAACUAGACGACCUACAAUUUUCUUAAGAGGCAUUUUAAAACAUCUGCCGAUAAGUACAGAUUUUAAUGUUUAUUCCAAUCAUGGAACAAUUCUAAUUGUGAACAAAUUUCCAUUCACUGUUAAUUCUACUAAUACUAAUAAAUUCUACGAAACUCGAUACGAUUGCUUCUCCGACUUCUACAUGGUGUUCCACAACUACUAUGUCAUUUGAAUGCAGGAGCAACUAGUUAGUGAAUUCUGUAUAACAGUGUAUUAUAGCCGUAAAAGAUCACCCUGAGUUUUCAUAUCGAAGGCACUAAUUAUGAUGUUCAUCACUACGCUAAUCACAGUGAAGAUAAUCAAAAUAUUGUUAACGAUAUCGGUUUUCCUGUGUUGCUCAACUUUGUUCACAUCGAGUACGAUGGCCAAAAUUAUUAUCAUCACCGCUUGAAACACCUGUGUAAUAUAAAACAAUGGAAUCGUUACAUUCAUGGUUUUGUGUCAUUUUUCAAACACUCACUUGCAACGAAAUGGAGAGUAACACCAAUGUCAUCAGCAGAUAGUAGAAUUCAUGCGCCUCGCCAACCGUCAGAAGGUACUUCAGUUGAGAUGCGUUCGCUGUCAGUACUGCCAAAUCCAACAUUCCUUGAGCGAAGGAUUUCCGUGAUGCAUAACUGUUCAAAUCAAGCCUGGUGAUUGAUUGUACCUGAAAUUGUAUUCGGUUAGCUCGUUAAACUGAUAUAAGAAUACGUCACUAACAAUAUCGCCGAUGUUGAGAUCCACUUGUGUUGAAUUUUUUCGAUUAGAUGAAUCGUCGCUUUCUACCACGACGUUUGGUUCUGUGGUGUGCGCAUUUUCUGUUAGAUUUGUCCUAGACUCUGAGAUCAUUGUGAAUUUAUGUUGUUACUUUGUAAUUGCUACUGCCUGUUCCAGGAUAAACCUGUACGUUUCAGUCGCAAGUAUAGAAUGAAAUAUACCUCCCCUGGUCUCCGUCAGAUAUUUUUCAAUUUUCGAUUGAUAAGGAACCAAUCUCUUAUCGUGCAAAACGAGCGAUACAAUGCUUGUACUGUCCAUAAUAGAAGUUUGGCUCUUUGUUUUAGAAGGUUUCAUAUCCAGGUGGGACAGAUUUAUGAUAAUAGACAGUUUUGGUGUCAGCUUAGGUAGUUCAUUCGAUGCGUUUUACAGAUUAGGUAUACAAUAAAAAUUAACAGUGCUUUGGUACAUGUCUGCGCUGAAUUAUUCUUUCGAGAUGAGUUAAAUGACCCGAUUCAGUGUUCGAAGUCUGGUUAUGAUUAUUUCAUAAAUCCACUUUUAUACUGAAAUUUCUCUAAAAUAUUCGAGGUAGUAAGUAAUACGUGCAGCAUAUGCGCAAAUGUGCAUUUUUUUAUUUUGCAGGCGAGAAUGUAUUCGAAAUUAUUGCUCAUCAUGUAGAAUUCAGUAUUUUUUCUCGAGAAUUGUCCUUCUUGUGCUAUAGAGCUAGAUUCUCGGAAGGAUCCCAGUCAGAAUCAUUCACUACAGUUGCAGACGAGACAGACAAGUACGUAAGUAAUACAUGCAGUAUACGCGCAAAUGUGUGUGUGUUAACCAUCCUAUCUCCCACUCGUUGGUAGUGAUUUUCAGAAAAAAGAUGUUUGCAUGUAAUUAAACAUAUUCAUGCAAAUAACUUAGUUCAUGGAUUUAGGUAGGUGUUAGUUCAAUUGACUUUCCGAUGACCCAUUUCGUGUAUAGCGCCAGACAUGUUCCGAAGUCAUCGUUCUAUCAAUCAACCCCGCCUUAAUGUAAUGUUUGUAUCGAUCGGAUUUUAACGUUACAUUAAAACUUUCGAUUCCUUACAGUAAGAAAGAAAUCGACGCGUAUUUAGUGUAUUGCAUUGAUUCGUUUAUAUAAAUUUACACAUGUAUAAUAGAAACAGCUUUUCAGUUUUCUACCUGCUUUCAUAUUUCCAAUUUAUGUCUCAUUCAUUCUCUCUCAUAUAAAUAUUUCCACUCAUAUAAAUAUUUCUUCCAUUUCCUUAAUCCACCUAUCAGUGAGAAGAGACAUUUCUUACACAUAUCACUGUUGUAUUAUCCAUUAGUUUGCCGAUCACACGCUAAGUUUACAAGCAACUAGAUGUGAGAUGCGCACGAAUAACGCUUCGAAUAAACUGAAUAAAUAAAGAAAAAUAAAACAAAAUAAAUUUUAAAAUAAAAAAAAGUUAUUCAUAAAAUUGAUAGAAUGCAUAACAUAAAUCAAAUUAAUAAAAUAAAUAAAUUAACUCAAAUUAAAAUUAGACAAUAUUAAAAAAAAUUAAAUUGUUUCAAGAUAACAAGCUAUCACACAAUAACAAAAAGGACUGGCUAAACCGAAUUGAUAAAAUAAAGAAACUGAAUAAAAUAUGUGAACUGGGAAAAUAGUUUUAAUAAAAUGAUUAAAAUAAAUAAUAUGAAUAAAACCAUAAAAAAUUGGAAUAAUUAAAUAAAUAAUAUUAAUAAUAUGGAUUAAAUUAACUCUUUCAUACCUAAUUAUUUUCUAGCACAUAGGGUUCCAAAACCAUUUUUCUUUAAAGUGUUAGAGUAAAGAAACACGAAACACCUGUUUUGAUCAAGAUAGAUGCUUCUCUAGCAGUGUUAGAAGCUGCUGAAUUUUUACAUACCAAUCGUUAAUACACAUCUCCUGCAAAGUUUUCAAUAGUUCGUUUGGGCAGAAAAGGUAGCCGAAAGCACUCCAAAUUAAUAAGAUUUAUCAGUUUUCAAAAAUAUUUGAAGAAAACGAAAAUAUAUCAAAAUUUAUUUUUUUUACCGAUAACUGAAAAUGUCUCUGGCAGCACUGUUCCAGUGAAUUCCAAUCAGAGCAAUUGCAAUAACUUCAGUUAUACGGAACUUUCUUGUAACUAUUAGCGCUCAAAUAAACGGUGAUUGUCACAA